UUUCUUGCAAGCCAAUUUUGCAGAACAAUAAACUUAAAGGAUGGUAAAGAUCCUGGGCCUCUGCGCUAGCGCUGGUCGUUUUAGGGAACCUGAAUGUGAGGACGUUCCACCUCCGAAGCAAUCAGACUGUUGUAUCUGCAUAACCAGCCGCUUCAAAGGACCUGAACGUGAGAAUGUUGUCAUUAACAUUCCAUCUUCGGAUCAGGAGGAGUCGGAAUGCUGUAUCUACAGGGUUCCCAAGCAACUACGCAAGAUAAAUAAAGAAGCCUACACACCUAAACAUGUUUCAAUAGGCCCCUUUCAUCACCGCCAAAAAGAAUUGAGUGGCAUGGAAAUUCACAAACAAAGAUAUUCUGAUUAUUUCUUUCAACGGCCGACGCUGAAGAAGAGCAAGGAGGAUCUUCAAAAGAUCAUUGAAGACAACGAAGAAAAAAUCCGCAAUUGCUAUUCAGAUAACUGUAGACUCAAAAGCGAAGACUUUGUAAAGAUGAUUCUAUUGGAUGCUAUCUUUAUAAUUGAACUCUUCCUAAGGAAAUGGGGCAAUAAAAUGGAUUACAUAUCAAGGAAGCCAUGGCUAGAAGUUGGUAUAAAACAUGACUUGAUAUUACUUGAAAAUCAGCUUCCUUUUUUUGUUCUUGAGGACUUAUAUAUGUCUUCCGGUUGCAACCAUUGUGAAGAAGGCGAGCAAAUUGAUGAACACAAAAUGGGCCUGAAGGAAGAUGAAUCAAAUGACGCUCUGGACUUUGUCAAGCUUUCUCUCAAUUAUUUUUCUGAUCAACAUGGAAUCGGUGAGGAAGUAACUAAAACACCCAUCAGUGAGAAAGUAAAACAUUUCACAGAUUUGCUAAGAUAUUUGUUUUGUUCAUCAAUACCGAAACUUUUUCGUACUAAUCAAGGACCUUUGUAUCCUCUAUAUUGUGCCAAAGAGCUUGAUCAUGCAGGAUUGAAAUUCAAAGCGGCUGCUGAAAAAAGAAAAUUACUUGAGAUACAAUUCCAUCAGAAUAGCUAUUGGUGCUUCAAUUGCUCAUGCCUCCUUUCUUGCUUACCAUGCUUUAAAUGUUUUCCGUUCUUGGAGAGUAUGCAGUGUAUCUUGGAAGUACCACCCUUUCAGAUUCACGACGAUACUGAAGGUAUUUUUCGAAACCUGAUGGCCUUGGAGCAGUCGCAUUAUCCAUAUAAUGCUUACAUAUGCAAUUAUGUUGUGCUAUUGGACUAUCUUAUCAACACUGAAGAAGAUGUGGAUUUACUUACUAAAAAGAAGGUCAUUGUUAACAUGCUUGGUAGCAAUGCCGCAGUGGCGACUCUAAUUAACAAACUCUCCGAUCAGAUUACGGAAGCUAGAUCAUGUUACCAUGAUAUCGCUCAAAACCUUAAUGACCACUAUGAGUUACCUCUCAACCAAAUAUUGGCAACCCUAACAAGAGAGUAUUUCCCUAAUAUUUUUAGAGGCACAGCAACUAUUGUUGGACUAAUUGUCCUGGGUUUCACUUUCUGGAGUUUCAUUAAGUCUUUUGUCCACGUGUAGAUUUGAAGUAUGUAUGGUUUAGUGUUUGUUGGAAUGCUUUGCUUUUAGUUGCAAUGAUGCAUAUAUGGCAUCUGAACUUAAUUGUAAUCCUAUUUAGCUUGCGAGAUAUCCUCCCCGUCUUAAUAUAUGGCUUGUAAUCUUCAACUUUGUAAGUGGUUUAUGAUAUUUCAGCAAUAAAAAUUGUGGCAAGUCUGUGUGUUUGAGCAUC